AUGGGAUUAAUCUCUAUAUCGUUCAUUUUCUCUUUAUCAAUGCUUGUGAUGCUAUCAAGCACAACUUAUUCACAACCACAGUCUCCAAAAGUUAUUCAAUCAACAACAUAUUUGUCAAAAGAGUUUGAAGUCGGGCAUGGAGAAGUCGCAGAUAAAAAAAUGUAUAAUAUUGAGUUUCCAAUGGGUCAUGUUGGAAUUAAGAGCAUUUAUGUUGAUCUAGUUGAUGAACAUGGAAACUCCGUACCAUUGCAUGAAACUUACAUUCAUCAUUGGUAUAUUUUAAAAUAUAUUAUAAAGAAGAAUAUGUCAGUGUCACAAGAUCCAAAUGAUCAUACCAAACCUUCUGGGGAUCUCAUUUACAAAAGAAAUGAUGGAACAUGCAACAAGGGUAUUCUUCCACAUCAAUGGAGUUCUGGAAGUGAAACGCGAGGAACAAGUACAAAACUUCCUUAUUCAUUUGCAGUUGAAAUAGGUAACCAUGCAGAUAUUACAGAAGGGUGGGAAGAGCAAUGGUUGUUGGGUCUGCUGGUCAUUGAUACACGAGGCGCUGAAAAUAAGAAAAUUUGUAUUCAAUGUAGGUGUGACCAGUUUAAUCUCCCUGCAAAUUUUUAUGAUGUGACUGUUGGAUUCCAUGGAAAAGUGACUCAUGAAUAUAAAGCAGGAGUCCUUUGUUGCCAAGAUAAGUUUCAAUGCAAAAUGAUAAAGGGAUUUCAAGCACCAAGGAGAAAUCUUGCCAUAAGAUACAACAUAACCUGGGUUAACUGGGACCAACACCAAAUUCCAGUUAGAUUUUAUGUACUUGACGUCACUGAUCGGGUAACAAAUAAUGGUUCUGAAACAAUCCACGAUUGUCAGGCAGAGUUUACUAUUUUAAAAAAUAAUAGUACAAACCUUUUCCACGUUCAAAAAGCAAGCAUCCCAAUGAAGAAAGGUGGUUAUCUUAUCUACGCUUCUGGUCAUACGCAUACAGGUGUUAUUAAUGCAACAUUAUACGGACAGGAUGGAAGGACUUUGUGUACAUCAACACCAAAAUAUGGAACAGGAACAGAAGCAGGGAAUGAGGAAGGUUACCUUGUUGGAAUGUCUGUAUGUUAUCCAAAACUAGGUUCAAUGAAGAUUGAUGAUGGUGAAACUGUGACCGUAGAAUCAAUAUAUAAAAAUGAAUUUCUCCCUGAAGUUAUGGGAGAUAUGCACUUCUAUUUGGCUGAUGAACUGCCACAUAAAGCAUAG